AAAAAAAGUAACAGCUUUCCAUCUGAUUUUCCAGUUCAUACACUACCCAUCCUCGACGCCAUAUAUAGAAUAUGCCAAGGGACAGUUUGCUCUACGCUUGCCAUGGAUUUUGUAGGCGGCUCACUAAAACUCAAGAAUGUCAAGAAAAAACCGCUGAAAAAGAAAAAGAAAAGCUCCAAAAAACUUAGUGAAAAGAUUGAAAAGCAUACCGCGGCUGAAAACGAUGAUUCCAAGGAAGGAGAUCCAUCAGACUAUCAGAUGCUACGAAUUUCAGAAACCCAAGAGGAGGCAAGGAGUCCAACAGAAGCUGAACGACAAUUUGAAGCUAUACAAGAGAAGCGACUUCUUGAAAAAGCCCGAAAAGAGCGAUUUAAGACUCAUAAAGACAAAGUCGAUGAUUACAAUCGACUUUUGGAUAGCCAAUCUGAACACUUUGAAAUGCCAAAAAUUGGACCUGGUUAAAGAAGCUUCUUUUCUUCUGAAAAGGCUCACUUAUUCCUUCCUUUCUUCUUUUUCUCUUUUUCUCUUUUUGUUUUUUCCCAAUUUAACGAAAUUGAAUGAUGACUAUAAAUGAUUUAACAAAAAGGAGCAUAGGUCGUAAAUGCUCUAUCGAUUUGUAACGCGAAUGUCGUAAACAUAAGUUAACGCUAGUGACUGUAUCUUUAUCCAAAAUAGUGAGAAACUAAAAGACAGUGAAUGUUAGAAUCCAUUGAAAUGUGAUAACAUACUAUUAAAAGAUUUACCGAAAAUACGGUAUAUGGUCUUUGUAUGACUAUACUUGGAA